AUGGCAUCUACUAACUAUGCGCACCACUUCACUGAGAAGAACAUUCCUUUCGGAAUAGCUUCAUCACAGUCUCACAAGACUCCUCAAGCUGUUACUAGGCUUGGAAACACCGUGAUAUUCCUGAAUGAUCUCGUCGAACAAUUAUUCAAGAAUGUUGAUGGCCUUCCUCAGGGAGUAUUCAACGAAGAGACUUUGAAUUCCUUUGCCGCUCUCCCCAAAACGGUGCAUCAGAAUAUCCGAAAGAAAAUCCAACAAAGCUUUCAAAAUAAUGGCCUUGAUGGGUUCCCCUCAAGCAGCCAAGAAGACAUCAAUGAUGUGACGAUGCAUUUACCAGUAGAAAUCAAAGAUUUUGCAGACUUUUCCUGCUCUCUUGACCACGUCAUAAACGCAGGCCGUAUAGUAGUCAACAACGGAACGCCGCCUCCCGGCUUCUUCAAGUUCCCAGUUGGUUACCAAGGCCGAACAGGCUCUAUCGUCGUUUCAGGAACGGACAUUGAGCGUCCUUAUGGACAGUUCAAGAACCCUGCUGCACCUGAAGGAGACGAUCCUAUUACUUAUGCGCCGUCUCAGAAGGUUGAUUAUGAAGUUGAGCUUGCUGCUGUUGUUGGAAAGUCGUUACCUAUGAGGAAGAGACUUCACGCUAAGGAUGCUGAGGAGCAUAUCUUUGGUUUUGUGAUUCUUAAUGAUUGGAGUGCUCGUGAUAUUCAAGGGUUUGAAAUGUUCCCUCUCGGCCCUUUCAACGGCAAGAGUCUAGGAACUUCCAUCUCUCCCUGGAUCAUCACUCUCGAUGCUCUAGAACCCUUCAGAACAAAGCCCCAAGAACAGAAAGCUAUAUCAGCUGCAUACCUCCAGCAUCCCAGCCCCUCAACAUUCUCCAUCACACUGAAAGUUGACGUCUUGGCAAACAACACCACCACAACUCUUGGUGUUUGUCCAGUUGAGUCUCUAUACUGGACUCCUCAGCAGAUGGUCGCACACUCUGUUAGUUCGGGCAGUGCGCUCAGGACCGGUGAUCUUCUGGCUACGGGUACCGUUUCUGGUUCUGAGGAGACAAGUCGAGGUUGUAUGCUUGAGAGUACAGAGGGAGGCAGCAGGCCUGUGACUUUGAGCGAUGGGUCCAAGAGAGGAUUUCUUGAGGAUGGUGAUGUUGUGAGGAUAACAGGAUCUGUUGGUGGAGAUGAGUCGGGUGUUGGGUUUGGAGAAUGUAUCGGUCAGCUUACAGCUGCUCGGCCAUAUUGA